AUGGCCUCCGAUCUCCCAACCCACUACCGCUACCUCCCCACCUUCGGCCUCGCCCCGAAAACCCACUGUGCAGCCAUUAUCGCCCGCACUCAGACCAUCUGCCGCACUCGCAACCCACUCCGCGUCUCUGACAAAGACCUCUGCACUCUCGCCGACAAGAUCGACCAGGCUGUGAAGACCGCCGAGUAUGACCAAGUGAGCAAGGCAGUCCGUGAGUAUCUGGAUUCGCUCGCCUGCAAGCACCAUGCUGGUCGCCAGGAGAUUGAACAGGCGACAUACAAGUUCACGUGCAAGUUGCUCGGCAAAGAGGACGAGAAGCGUGGUUCGGAGGAGAAGAAUGGAGAUGGGUGAGCUCAGCGGAUUGUUGAUUUUGGUCUGAAGAUGGAAUUGCUAAUAUUAUUGUUCUCAGAACCUCACCAUCCCAAACCGACACUUCUGGUUCUGGCGAAAAGCGUAAGCGUAGCGAGGACGCUUCUGACGGCAACGAUGACAACGGCAACGAUGACAACGAUGACCUUGCGCCUCCAGCCCAGCGUGCCCGCCUCGAUGACAAUUCGGGAUCCAAGUCCACCGUCAAUACCACUGGCCACGAUCAGAUCGAGCCUGUUCAAGUCAACGCCAUCAUCACCAACAACAGCAAUAACGAGAAGCUUCCUCAACAGCCAGCAUUUCCAGAAUUUCGUGGACAGGCUGGUGAAGAAGACAUCCACAAGUACGCAAUGAUCGUCUUCAACGUCCUCUCCGGCAUUGGAACCCUCGAGCAACUCGAACACUACAUAAGCGACCCACGCAUCUCCUUCAUUAUGACCGAGCUGUGGCAAUACCACGCCGAUCGCUGCUCGGCUGAGACGUGGAACGAGUUCUUUGGAGACUUGCUCAGUCGUGAGCCAACGGAAGCGAUGGUUCCUGCCGAAGGAUCUAGUCCAAAGGAGGCAUUGAGGGAUGCGAAUGCGAUUGAAGUCCAUCAACAGCAGGAAGAUCUGGAUAUCCUUCUUCUCCACAACGAAGGUGCCCAAGGCUACGUCGAUGUGACGGGCGAUGCCAACAAGGAGAACGAAGACCCGGUGUUGCAGGAGUUCGUACAGGGUGGUGAUUAUGAGGCCGACCAGGACCAGACGCUCGCGCGCCUUGGCUUCGGGCUUUGA